AUGUUGAACAACAUUUUUAACGAGUAUCCACAUGAAAAAACAAUCAUAUGUAUACAAGAAUUAUGUUUACCGUCAAAGCGAUCUAGGGCAAAAGGAAUUCCAAGGCCACAAAAUCUAUUCUUGCUGUUUCGCAGAAAUGUGUCAAGAGGGUUAUACAAUGCUAACAUAGCAUGUUCCGUUUCUGCGUCCUCUAGAAUUGCAUCAUCUAUGUGGAAAUCAUUAACAUCUACUGAACAAAUGUUUUGGCAGAAAAUUUUCGAGAUAGCUAAAAGAAAACAUAUAAAUGAUUAUCCAAAAUACAAUAUCUCAAAAGCUCAAACCGAAAGUACUCAACCAUCCGUAUUUGAAACUAAGAUGAAUUGUUUAAAAGUUGAAAUACCAACAUCAACAACAAAACAACUUUAA